UAACACAAUUCCUCUCUCUUAGUCAGAGUAGCGGGGGUUUCAUAGACAGAGGGAGUCUCCUGUGCAGAGCAUAAACCGUAAAUAUCCAUACCAAAGACUGAGUGUCUGCUCUGAUGUAUGGACAGGAUUUCAUAUUAAAAUCCUUGUAAAUCAUAGAGCCGGUCAGCCUGAUCCACUGGAAUGAUUUAGAGAGGCGUGGAUUGGGAACAAGCUGUUCCUUUGGUGGGUGACUGUCCAAGAAGGAGAGAAAGAGGAAAAAUCUGAGAAGAACCCCCGAUCUGGAGGUAGAUUAAGCUGGACAUGGCACACCUUCAGAACAUUCGGAACCAGAAUUCACGUUUGAAUCCUGAGGAAUACUUCACUAAAUUGGAACGAAUUGGUAAAGGCUCUUUUGGAGAGGUGUACAAGGGCAUAAACAACCGCACAAAAGAGGUGGUGGCCAUUAAGAUUAUUGACUUGGAGGAAGCAGAGGAUGAGAUUGAAGACAUCCAGCAGGAGAUCACGGUCCUCAGCCAGUGUGACAGCCCUUAUGUCACCAGAUACUACGGCUCCUAUCUGACGGGCUCUAAGCUGUGGAUAAUCAUGGAAUAUUUGGGAGGUGGAUCGGCUCUGGACCUGCUAAGGCCGGGACCUUUGGAAGAAGCAUAUAUCGCCACCAUUCUCAGAGAAAUACUGAAAGGACUGGACUACCUCCACUCAGAGAGGAAGAUUCAUAGAGAUAUCAAAGCGGCCAAUGUGUUACUCUCUGAACAUGGAGAAGUCAAGCUGGCAGACUUUGGAGUGGCUGGCCAGUUAACAGACACACAAAUUAAGAGAAACACAUUUGUAGGAACUCCAUUUUGGAUGGCACCAGAGGUCAUCAAACAGUCUGCAUAUGACUUCAAGGCUGACAUCUGGUCAUUGGGUAUCACAGCCAUCGAGCUGGCUAAAGGAGAGCCACCCAACUCAGAACUUCACCCCAUGAGAGUCUUGUUCCUCAUCCCUAAAAAUAACCCACCCGCGCUGGAAGGGUCCUACAGCAAAGCCUUUAAGGACUUUGUUGAGGCUUGUCUCAAUAAAGAUCCACGAUUUAGACCGACAGCCAAAGAGCUUCUGAAACACAAGUUCAUCACCCGCUACACCAAGAAAACCUCAUACCUGGCAGAGCUCAUUGAUCGAUACCGCCGCUGGAAGUCAGAGGGCCACGAGGACGAAUCAAGCUCUGAUGACUCUGACAUGGAUGGGGAGGGGGAUGACAGGGACCAGUGUCCCAUGUGGACUUUCCCCACUGUGCGGCCCACUUCCAUGAACAAGUUACAAAGAGGUUUCAAUCAUUUAGACAAUAAGACAUCAGACGUUAUGAAGAGGCAGCCAAAGUCACCGUCUCUAAAAACGUUCAUCACACCCAUCUUCAGAGAGCUGAAGGAGAAGCGGCGUGUUAGCGGGAGCGGUGUAUGCGCCCUGGAGGAGCUGGAAAACGCAUUCAGCCUCGCAGAGGAGUCCAGCCCUGGAAUCUCAGACCGUUUACUCAAUAACAUUAUGGAGAGAGUGUGCAGUUUUUCAGGUCAUGCUGAUUCAAUGCUGUAAGAUAUUGUGCUGCACUGUGGCACUUGCAUGCAGUACUAAAUCUUCCGCAGGAGUGAACUCUGAGACUUCCUUUGUCUCAACCCUGCAGGUUUACACUCAACGGUAACAGCAUGCCUUCAAAACGAUGAGGUCCGUCUGACUGCUGGUCAGCUCCGUCCGAUGGAAAGACUAUCCUGAUCUCUUCAUGAGCCAACCUCCUGCUCCUUCAGCUGAACACCAGUCAUUCCAUUCCAGCUUGUAUUAUGAGAUGUUUUUACAGUUUACUUUAUAGAAUUUUGAAAUGUCUAACUGAAAUGUAAAAUAUGAAAUGACGAACCAGG